AUGGAAAAUUUUAUUUAUUUUGUUGUUGUAUAUUUUGAUUUAAGUCGGUUAAUUGAAUUAUAUUUUACUCUGGUAAUAAAAAAAAAAUACAAAGCAGUAGCGGUAACUAAUUAUUUUUCACUCGCUUAUUAUUCGAGGAUGGGAAGUAACCGUCCUAGGAACUUCCGGCGGCGCGGGGACGACGGCGGCGAUGUUGAAAUCGACGGUAAAGCUGCUACCGCCGCGACGAAACCGUCUCCGGCGAAACCUAAAAAACUCCCAGCCUCUGACACGAAGAAGAAGCUCCUCAGUUUCGCCGAUGACGAGGAGGGGGAAGAAGACGGACCUCUCCGCGUGACUGUAAAGCCUAAGAACAGCAGAGACCGAAUCAAACCUUCUUCGCGAUCUUCUCACAGACUCAACUCUUCCACCAUCGAACAUCGUCCUUCCUCUUCUUCCUCCUCCAACGUGCUUCCCCAGGCCGGCUCUUAUACGAAAGAGGCGCUGCUCGAGCUCCAAAGGAACACACGGACGCUUCCGUAUUCUCGACCUAGUGCGAGUAGCGAGCCGAAGGUAGUGCUCAAGGGCUUAAUCAAACCUCAACAGGAGCAGGAGAGCCUGACGGAUGUGGUUAGACAGGUUUCGGAUUUGGACUUUGAUGAGGAAGGGGAAGAGGAUCGGCUUGAUUUUGAGCAGGCGGUGAUUGAAGCUAGAGCCAAGAGGGAGAAGAUGAGGCAGCCACGUUCAUCACCUGCACCUGAUCUUAUAUCACUUGAUUGUAGCACCGCGAAUCGUUCUGCUGUUGAAGUGCUUAGCGAUGAGGAUGUUGAUUUUCAAGGAGGUUUCAUCAGUGCAUUGCCUCGCAAAGGUAAUGGGAAAGCUGUGUUUACAGCUAAUGAGUCCACGAUUAUUAGCUUAUCUGAGGAUGAAGAUAAAGAAGAGAAGUUGUGGGAGGAGGAGCAGUUAAAGAAAGGUAUUGGUAAAAGAAUAGAUGAAGGGUCUAAUAGAACUGCAAGUAGCAAUGUGCCUUUGCAUCCACAACAGCAACCGCAAAUGUAUGCUUAUCAUGGCGGCAUACCACUAGUGCCUCCUACCAUAGGUCCAGCUAGUAGUGUUGAUACGUUACCAAUGUCACAACAAGCCGAGCUUGCCAAGAAGGCGUUGCAAGAGAAUGUUAAGAGGCUUAAGGAAUCUCAUGCAAAAACGGUAUCCUCACUUGCCAAGACGGAUGAUAAUUUAACAGCUUCGUUGAUGAGUAUCACAUCUCUUGAAAGCUCUCUAUCUGCAGCUGGAGAGAAGUAUGUCUUCAUGCAGAAACUCAGAGACUUCAUUUCUGUUAUUUGCGACUUCAUGCAGGAAAAGGGUUCCUUAAUUGAGGAAAUUGUAGAUCAGAUGAAGGAACUUAAUGAAAAACAUGCUUCAGCUAUUCUAGAAAGGAGAGUUGCAGAUAACAAUGAUGAAAUGGUAGAGCAAGGCGCCUCCGUGAAAGCAGCAAUGGCAGUUCUAAAACAAGGAAGCAGUACUUCAGAAAUAGCUGCUGCCACAAGUGCUGCGCUGGCUGCCUCUGCUUCUAUAAGACAGCAGGCUCAACCAGUUAAGCUUGAUGAAUUGGGAAGGGACGAAAACUUUCAGAAGCGCAGGGAGGCGGAACGGAGGGCUGCAGCACGGCAGAAAAGGCGAGCUCGAUUUGAAAAUAAACGUGCAUCUGCCAUGGAGAUUGAUGGAUCGUCUCCGAAAAUAGAAGGAGAAUCAAGCACUGAUGAGAGUGACAGCGAGACUUCAGCAUAUAAGGAAAUCAGAGACAAGAUACUUCAGUGUGCUGAUAAGGUCUUCAGUGAUGCAUCUGAGGAAUAUUCCCAGCUUUCAAGGGUGAAGACGAGAUUUGAGAAGUGGAAGCGAGACUAUUCUUCUACUUAUCGUGACGCGUACAUGUCUUUGACCGUUCCUUCCAUCUUUUCACCUUAUGUACGAUUGGAGCUUUUGAAAUGGGAUCCUCUUCAUCAAGAAGUGGAUUUCUUUGACAUGGAAUGGCAUGGGUUAUUGUUUAAUUACGGGAAGCCAGAAGAUGGGGAUGAUUUUGCACCCGAUGAUACUGACGCCAACCUUGUCCCUGAGCUAGUGGAGAAGGUUGCGAUUCCUAUAUUGCACCAUCAGAUAGUUCAUUGUUGGGAUAUACUUAGCACCCGGGAGACAAAAAAUGCUGUUGCUGCUACAAGCUUGGUGACAAAUUAUGUUUCUGCUUCAAGCGAGGCUCUGGCAGAACUAUUUACUGCUAUUCGUUCUCGCCUUGUUGAAGCCGUAGCAGCUAUUACGGUUCCGACAUGGGGUCCUCUGGUAUUGAAGGCUGUACCCAAUGCUCCACAAGUUUCAGCAUAUAGGUUGGGGACAUCAGUCCGUCUUAUGAGAAAUAUAUGCAUGUGGAAAGACAUCAUGGCGCUUCCAGUGUUGGAGAACUUGGCUCUUAGUGAGCUUUUGUUUGGCAAAGUCCUACCUCAUGUCAGAAGCAUUUCAUCAAAUAUCCAUGAUGCUGUCACAAGAACUGAAAAGAUCGUUGCUUCUUUGUCUGGAGUAUGGACAGGACAAAACGUCACUAGAACUCACAGUCGGCCGUUACAACCACUUGUGGAUUGUAUUCUGACACUUGGAAAAAAUCUCGAGAAACGGCUCGACUCAGGACUGGAUGAUGCGGAAACUACCGGUCUUGCCCGCAGGUUGAGGAGAAUGCUAGUCGAGGUCCACGAACACGAUCACGCCAGAGAAAUUGUCAGAACAUUCAAUCUCAAGGAGGCAGUGUGAUGAAAGCUCUGAAGGGUGAGAGACAACUUUCAGACUCUACUUACAAAGCCUCAACAUUGAGGAUUAUAACUCUAGGAAGAAACAUUUUCAAAUAUAGAAGUUUUAGGACACUUGAUGUAUGUAAAACUCUGAGCUGAUACACACUUAUAUUAACAGUUGGAGAUAUUUGGAGUCUUUCUUCACA